CCCGCCCCCUCGCGUCGCCGCGGUCCUCGAGCCCAGUGUCCCGCCGCAGCGGCCACUCGUAGCUCUCGGUGCAGUGCGGAGCCUAGGGUCGGGCGAGCGGUCCGAGCGUCGGGGCGCCAAGGAGAGGGGCUGGAGCAGCGGACCGUGCGAGCGGAGCCCGGGACGAAGAGAGAGAGACGGUCUCGCAAACUUGUGCGAGCGCCUGAGCUAUGAAGAUGGUCGCGCCCUGGACUCGGUUCUACUCCCACAGCUGCUGCCUGUGCUGCCAUGUCCGCACCGGCACCAUCCUGUUGGGCAUCUGGUACCUGAUCAUCAAUGCCGUGGUCCUGCUGAUCCUGCUGAGUGCCCUGGCCGAUCCUGAUCAGUAUCACUUUUCAGGCUCUGAACUAGGAGGGGAAUUUGAGUUCAUGGACGAUGCCAACAUGUGCAUUGCUAUCGCGAUCUCUCUCCUCAUGAUCCUGAUCUGUGCCAUGGCUACCUACGGUGCAUACAAGCAACACGCUGCCUGGAUCAUCCCGUUCUUCUGUUACCAGAUCUUUGAUUUCGCCCUGAAUACUUUGGUUGCAAUCACCGUGCUUGUCUACCCCAACUCCAUUCAGGAGUACAUAAGACAGCUGCCCCCCAGCUUUCCCUACAGAGAUGACAUAAUGUCAGUGAACCCUACCUGUUUGGUCCUUGUCAUCCUUCUCUUCAUCGGCAUUAUUUUGACAUUUAAGGGCUACUUGAUCAGCUGUGUCUGGAGCUGCUACAGGUACAUCAAUGGCAGGAACUCCUCUGAUGUUCUGGUUUACGUAACCAGCAACGAUACCACGGUGCUGUUGCCUCCAUACGAUGAUGCCACUGCUGUGACUGGCACUGCCAAGGAGCCACCGCCACCUUACGUGUCUGCCUGAACGUGGUGUGGAGGAGCCCAGAGCGGCGGUCUGAGCCCACAGCUGCUUGAUUGACCCUGUGGUUUCACCUCUCCUCCGAGAUGAGCUCUUUGAGCCUGUUUGUUGUUAAAAUGCCAUGUUUUAAAAUUUAGAUGUUAAGUUGAAGCCUCUGUUGUCUGACGUACCCUGUACCCAAGCACCGAGUAGUAAGGCUGUAGGACUAUUUUGGUAGGAGGGGGGUGUGAUGAGUUCCCAGAGUCUUUCUCAAAACUAUAUACGGCGGGCGUUCCCUGGUCUGGUUUGUACCUGCCUGGCCCCAAAGCCAGGGGGCAGUCAUACUUUUCCUCUCCAUUCCUUCUGACUGUUUGAAAGUAUAAAAUAAAAAUUAGAUCAUACUUAAACUAUUCCAGAAUCCCUAAUAAAAACAAUAUUGAUUGUUCUAAUUAUGUAGUUAGGAGCCCUUACAUAUGUGAUAUAAGAAUUUCCCUACUAUUCCCAAAUUCAGUGAUAUUCUGAAUUUGCUGGUCAAGAAUUUUCUUUGGGCUAAAUAAGGACUAUGAGGUAAUAGGAACAGUGAGGGCAAGGGCUGCCCAGGAUGUCUGUUUUGAGCUAGGGCUGAUGUGUCUCCCUGUGUGAAAGGGGGACCAGCUUGCUUGGCUCAGAAAAACUCAGACUCACUUUUCCUCAGCGUCCUCCAGCAAAUACCUUGCUUUGUCAAGCAGAACCACCCGUGUACGUUUGGGAAAAGGUGUUCACACUCUUUCCUUGCAAGGUACACCCUACUUUGAAUUUCUAAGUAUGCCUAAUCAUUUAUUAAAGUGUCAAGCAGUCUUCAGAAAGAUAAGGAGGCUCGUUCCCAUGUGGAAUGCUCUAGAUUGUCUGAAUUGCAAAAGAUGUUUGUGUCCAUGUCUCUGAAUGUGAACAACUCUCCUGCUUGUUCAUUGCUCAGUGUGCUGUACAUGAAGGCUUUGCAAUUAAAGUUUGUCUGCAUCCAAGAAAACAAU